AUGUCAGAGGAGCAGGACUAUGCGGCGCAAGCGGGGACUAAUCAGGCUGAUGACGGCACCGGGUAUCUUCUCGCUCAAUUCCGCAAGGAACUUCCAAUGAUCGGACGAAGGGGGCAUGCAAAAACUACCACCAGCAAUAUAAUAUACUCGUCGUGUCCGAUUUUGGUUAUUGCGGUCGACCUCAUGGCUUUUUGCGGUCAGGUCGUAUAUCCAUACUUCAUCUAUUCAUCGCUCAAAGACAUUACAUUGAAGGGCUACUGA